UCCCGAAGCCAAACAAAAUUCCACGCGCCCCAAAAGCCCAUAAAACCCACGCUCUCCUCCCCCAGCCGGACUCACUGUCACAAAGGCGACGUUUUUCUCUUUCUUUUACCAUGGAGGCCACCACCACCCAGGAGCGACCUGCGCCGCCGCCGCCCUCGCCCUCGCCGGUGCAGAUGCAGAUGCAGAUGCCGCACGUGUCCUCCGACCCGUCCAACCCGUUCCCCACCACCUUCGUCCAGGCCGACACCACCUCCUUCAAGCAGGUCGUCCAGAUCCUCACCGGCACCCCGGAGACCGCGGCGGCGGCCGUGGCAGGAGGGACGGCGGGCGCGCCGGCUGCUAAGCCAGCGCCCACGCCGACCGGGCCCAAGAAGCCGGCUUUCAAGCUCUACGAGCGGCGCGGGAGCAUGAAGAGCCUCAAGAUGCUCUGCCCGCUCCUCCCGGCCGCCUUCGCCGCCGGCAGCUCCAGCGGCUUCUCCCCGCGCGGGUUCUCGCCGCGCGGGCUGGAGGUGCUGUCCCCGAGCAUGCUGGACUUCCCGUCGCUGGCGCUGGGCAGCCCCGUGACGCCGCUCCCGCCGCUGCCGGGGUCGCGGGAGGCGGCCGCCGCCGAGGACCGCGCCAUCGCCGAGAAGGGGUUCUACCUGCACCCGUCGCCGCGCGGCAAUGCCGGGGGCCGCGGCGACCUCACGCCGCCGCCCAGGCUGCUCCCGCUCUUCCCCCUGCAGUCGCCCACCCGGCAGUGACCGCCGCCUCCCCAUUGGUAUGCUCCGCCUGCCUGCCUGCCUGCCCGGUCGGUCGCCGCUAGUUGCUUGCUGCUAGGACUCCUGGAGCGAGAGACCGAUUCGAUCUGUAGAUUACCUGCUCCUCUCGCGCUCCGGAGCUCUGGCAGGAGCAGGAUCCGUGUAUGUGCUUGUGUUGUAAUCUUAGUGUCUGUAACAGCGAUUUGGCGCAUAAGAGGGGAUUAAUUGAUCACCCAGUCUCGAGUGUUCUUGCCCUUACCAUCAUCAUUGUCUAGCUUCUUCAUACCGGUAGUGUAGUAGAUUUUAGCUUUGGCAUUUUCCUAUUCUUGCUCCAUGAGCUCGCUCUGUCGUAUUACUAGUUUCGUAUUGCAAAUCUUGUACAAACAUUAAAGCUGGGUCUUAUGGGAGGCAAGUGGAUGCUCAA